AUGGAGAUCAUGAAUGUGGCCUUGCUUAGUAAGUGGAAGUGGAGAAUCCUUAAUGAUAAAGAGGCGGUUUGGCGUGACCUUUUGGAAGCCCGUGAAGUCCGUGUUUGUGUGGGCAACGGGGAAUCUACUCCUUUUUGGUAUGCACAUUGGAUCGGACAGCAUUCUUUGAUGGCGAGUUAUCCGGAAGGCAUUACUGUUUCAUCGCUGGCUGAAAAUGAUACUGCAGGGGCUGGUUUAGCAGAGUGGAAUAGUGCUGUUCGGGAGCUGCAGCAGGGUGGCAGCAGCGGUGGUCUUCCAGCGGAAGAGGUUGGAACCAGUUUCGUCGCUGCCAGUAGUGCAGAGCAGCAGCCUCCCUCCGUUUUUGGGGAGCUCUUGCGUUCUACGGCAGUGCUAAAGGAUGUUCCAGAUUCUUUCUCUUGGACUUUAGCUACGGAUGGUAUUUUCUCGGUUAAAUCUUGCUAUGAUUUUCUAAAAGCUAAAUUGUCGGGACCGGAUUUGUUAGCGGAUAAAGUCCGGGCUCUCUCCCACCUAUGGAAAGUCAAGGCUCCUUCCAAAGUGCUUUUCUUUUGUUGGAGAUUUAUACAUAAUCGUCUUGCCACUAGAGACCUCUUAGUGAGUCGUGGAAUUUUAAAUGAGGGUAGUGAAUCUUUAUGUGUUCUUUGCAUGAAGGAGGAAGAAUCCCGGACUCACCUUUUUUUGAACUGUGAUGUUUCUAUUACAGUUUGGCGACGAGUUUAUAUGUGGCUUGGAGUUGGGGAUUUCUUGUCUUUAGAGGAAUUCCAAGACUUUCUCUAUAAUUGUGACAAGUUUUCUUGUCUUUCUAAGAGGGCUAUUUUGUCGGUGGCUUGGUUGGCGACGAUUUGGACUUUGUGGCUCAAGUGUAAUGCUAUCAUCUUCAAAAAGGAAUCUUUUAGCUUUCUAGAGUGUAUGUCGGAGAUUCUUAUCAUUUCGUGGAAUUGGUUGGGCUCUUUUUAUAAGAAGGCGCCUUUAUGUAAUUAUUUCGGUUGGAAUACCCAACCUCUCUUGUGUUUUACCUUGUAA